UUGAAAAGUUUGGGUUUUACUUGGGAUUCUAUUAAAUAAUAGUGUUAGAGAAAUUAGAAAUUUUAUUUCAUUAUUUAAUUUUUUUUACCAAAUUAUACUGAUAUUAAGGAUUAGUAGUCAUAAUAAAAUUUAAGAUUUAAAAAUGCACGAAGAAAGUGGAGACGAAAAAAGAAAACGAGUGUCAGUGGGCAUAUAUGUUAGCUGCCCACCAAAUAUUAAGGGAGCAAUAGAAACAAUUUUUGAAUAUGGAUAUCAUUUUCUUGUGACUCAACUUACGCAUCCUAACUACACCAGAAUACUGCAGAAGGGAAAGUUUCCAGCAAGUAUUGGAAGAACUGACCGUGUAUUAAAAAGUUCAGAAUGGAGCCGUUUAGUAGUUGGGGAAUUGACAUCUCAUAUAGAUGUUGAUAGUGAAGUCGAACAUAUUCAGGAGAAUAGCAAAAAUUUAUUUUUACAAGAAUUAGGUUUUGCCACUCAUCUAAGUGUACCUGCUAUUUUAAUAUCUUUAACAAAAUCUAAUAAUAUCCAACUGGCUAGGAUUUUGAAUGACAAGUUGAAUUCUGGCUUUAGCUAUAGUGUUUGGAUUAACAUUCCUAUGAUUCACCCAUCCAGGUACAGUCCUAUUGCCGAAAUGGAAUAUGACACGUGGGAUUGGUGGAAUGACUUCCGUACUUAUUGCAGCUAUGACAAACGUCUUGGAAUAGUUUUAGAAUUACCCGACAUUAAACAUAACGUCCCAACUUAUGAAUUGGAGAGAUGGAUAGGAGAACCUGUUAAAGCUGUUGUGAUACCUACGUCUUUCUUUUUAACAAACCAACAUGGUAAACCCGUUCUCAGCAGGGCACAUCAAGAUAUUAUUAAAAAAUUUAUGAGUAUAGACGUUCAGUACAUCAUUAAACCAGAUACCGAAGGUGACCUGUCAAUGUAUGUAAGGUAUCUCCAUUUCCUUGGUAAAAAGUUAUAUGUUCAAGAUACUAUGUCGGAGUUUGUUCAAGGUUGCGAGGACUUUUUACAGAAUCCUUUACAACCCUUAACGGAACAUUUAGAAACAAAUAUAUAUGAAGUGUUUGAGAAAGAUCAAGUUAAAUACGAUACAUAUCAAAAUGCAGUAUAUAAAGCUAUCGAGGCGUUUCCCAAAGAGAAUGGGAAAGUACCCGUAGUUAUGGUAGUGGGAGCAGGUCGAGGACCUUUAGUGCAAGCAGUUUUAAAUGUAUCUUAUACUUUGAAUCGGAAAGUAAAAGUAUAUGCAGUUGAAAAAAAUCCAUAUGCAAUUAACACCUUGAUUGACAGAGUGAACAAUGAGUGGAACAAUAAAGUAACUCUGAUAAAUGAAGAUAUGAGAACGUACGAACCCCCUGAGAAGGCAGAUAUAUUAGUUUCGGAAUUAUUAGGAUCUUUCGGGGACAACGAAUUAUCUCCCGAGUGUUUAGAUGGUGCUCAAAGAUUCUUAAAAAAGACCGGUAUUUCUAUACCUUAUUCUUAUACAUCUUAUUUAGCACCAUUACAAAGUAUAAAAAUUUUUAAUGAAAUUAAAACCAAUAGGCCUAUAGAUAAAAGUCUUCUUAACUGUUUCGAAACGCCGUAUGUUGUACAUCUAGUAAAUUAUUACCAGAUAGCUCCUCCUCAGGAACUGUUUUCAUUCACGCAUCCAAACUGGAGCGAAAAAAUCAACAAUCAAAGGUACAAGAAACUUAAAUUUCAGUGCAAGCAAACUUGUGUGUUAACGGGAUUUGCUGGGUUUUUUGAAACAGUCCUUUUUAAAGACGUUAAUCUUAGCAUUCAUCCCGAUACUCAUACGCCGGACAUGGUUAGUUGGUUUCCUAUAGUUUUUCCACUGCCAGAACCAAUUCACCUGACGGAAGGUGCCGCUAUCGAAGUAUCUUUCUGGAGGGCAGAAUCUGAGGACAAGGUUUGGUAUGAAUGGUGCUUGGAAGCUCCCGUAAAAGGAGGUAUCAUGAAUCCUAACGGAAGGUCCUAUUUUAUAAAAAAGCAUUAAGUUCCAAAAAAUGAUCUGUAAACUUUUUUAUACCAAACGUAUUAUUGUUUAAGCUAUAAUUUUUUAAAAAAAUUGUUAAGUUUCAAAACAAACUUUUUUCCAGGUCUUUAGUACCAAUAAUAAUUUUAGUUUAUAUACUUGUCCGAUUUUGUCUGCUUGAUAUAUUGAAAUUGUUUUUU